GCUGCUCGUCGUUGGUGCCAGCCGGCUGGCCUGGACGGAGAACCAGCCAGUCUACCGAGUCCACCCUGAGUGGCUGGUUCGAGUCGGUUGGUGUGGAGAUCCCUUGUUCAUACCUUCAGGACUUCCUGACAUCAGCCAUCCUUCGCUGGCGUCACUGGCCGGUGAGCGUUGCCUUUUCCCAGUGGAAGGAGUUUGUGUGGAGACAGAAACAGCUGAGAGAGAAGGCGGCCCAGCUACAGCAGCGCUGUGCACAUAUUCACCUCAAACAUGCCUUCAGGGAGUGGAGACACAGCACCAACAACUCUCUCAAGGCACACGCUCACAGGGAGACUGUAGUGUUGUCAGGCUCCCUACGUGCUUGGUUACAGUACACAUCCUACAGAAGGAGGAAGGCACAGAAGAGUAGAGUUGCUGACAGACAUGCACAGGACACACUGGUGUGGAGGGCCUUCUGUACAUGGAAAAACAAGGCAAAUGACCUUCGUCGUCUGCAGAAGAUAGUUGAGAUCUGGCAGGGUGUGAUGAGUGAGAACCAGCAGCUGGACCGGCUGGCGCGGCAGGUGCAGGACCACAUCCGGCUGAAGAACAUGGCGCAGUGCUUCCAGGUGUGGGUGUGGCGGGCAAGGCAGCUGCAGCAGGUGGCUCGCUACCAUCAGCACGUCACCGUCAAAAGACAUUUCCAGGCCUGGCUGAACGUGGCCCGUGAGCAGGCCGACAGGAGAGAGAAGUGCCAGGCCUUCAGACAGCAGGCGCUCAGGAGCCGGUUCUUCCAGCUGUGGCAGCUGCGGCUGCAGCAGAAGCACCAGGUGCAGGCGAGGCACCUGCAGGCGGUGAGGCAGAGGAUGAAGGAUGUGCUGACCCAGUGGAGAUGCUGGGCCGUGGAGAGGAGGGUACACAGAGCCUGGACACUGGAACUACAGGAGAGACAACAGAGGAGCCAGCUGCGUUCAACCUUCCACACAUGGAGGAUGAGAAUGCUACUGAGUCAGAGGAUCAAGGCCAGCGUUAACAAUGGACUACUCACCAGUUGCUAUCUGGCCUGGCAUCAUGUCACCCAGAGCCGUAUCCAGGAGAGAUGUAAGGUACAGGAGUUCCAGGAGCAGCACAAGAGCAGGCUGGUGGCAGGAUCCUUCCAUCACUGGAGGAACAGACAGAGGCAGGAGAGGGCACUGGUCCAGGUCUGGAAGAGGAAGGAAAGGGGGGCUCUGGAAGCUGCUUUUGAUUGGUGGAGACAGAAGGCAUUGGAUGCCAGGUGUAAGAAACACAGGGCAGCCUUCUUGUUGCAAAAGACGUUUUCCAAGUGGCAGCAGGUGUGUGAGGAGAACCAGCGAAGGAAGGAGAGGCUGCUGGGAUAUGCACUGCUGUGGCACCACAGGACCCAGUGGUGCAAGGACAUGGAAGAAAUGGCCAAUCAGCACUUCCAACAGGUUAGAGACAUGCAGAUACAAUUUACAAGGAUGGUUUCCUUGGCCUUUCAGAUCUGGAGGAAUGAGUACAGGCUACGCCAACAUCACCAUGCUAUCGUGGCCCACCAGACCCACAGGGCGACCUCACGUACCCUCCACGCCACCUUCCUGGCCUGGAGGAGUCUGGCGAUGGUGGCGCGAGCCGACAAGUUCCGCCAACACUCCCUACAGAACAGGAUGCUUCAGGACUGGAGGGCAGCGCAGGCAUCGGUUGAGACUGCUGAGCGGUUCAGAGAGGAGAGGGAGAUGGAGAGCGCACGGCUGGUGUUCCAGAGUUGGCACCACUGGGUACAGCUGCAGAGAGACAGGGAGGCAAGGAAGAGGGCUUUGGAGCGGGUUCUGGGAGAGAGGACGCUGAGAUCAGUGUUUGACCACUGGCGAACACAAGCUGCCGUCCUCACGCAUGUUAACCACCACUCCACAACAGCGCUACAGAGAAGGGCCCUCCGAGGCUGGCGUGACGUAGUCCGUAGGAAGAGACUACUCCUCGAGUUGGCUGAGCAAGCCAGAGCUGUCUCCAACCAGCUCCACAUGCAGUCAGCAUUCCUCUCAUGGCAACAGCAGUAUCGCGCUUCCCAGGAAAGGAACGCCGUGGCGGAACAGAUCCUCGGCAGACGGGAAGAGGAGAGGCUACGGGAGUCGUUCCGCACGUGGGCGGAAGCAGCCAGGCAGCGUGCAGCAGAGAAGCACCAUCUCCGAAGCGUGGAGAAGAAAGCGUUCCGCCACUGGAAGAUGUACAUCGUGAUGAGGAGGGAGGAAGCAAGGCACCAGGAGGACAUGGAGGAUCUAGCACUGCACCAUUACAAUCAGAGACUAUGUCAAGUGUACCUGAAGGCAUGGCACAGAGAAGCCCUGGUCUCUAAGCACCUGAGGACUUGUGAGAAGCGGACAGAACAGAGAAGCUGGGGAACAUGGAAGUCUUCUGCGGACAUGGCCUACACUGCAGACCAACUGUUCACACACAACACGUACCAUCACGUGUGGACCACAUGGAGGAAGGCCAUGGGCAGGAGAAAAGCCAUCAAGAACUUCACAGCUCACGAGGAGAAGCAGACAGUAUCACAGGUGUUCCAAGCCUGGCACAAGUGGGCAUCUCACAAGCACAAGAGCCAGGACAUGUACCGGCACAAGGCUCGUCAGGUCCUUCAGCACUGCUUCAACCGCUGGUGCCUUCACCUCAAACACAAAACCUCCCCCACCAAGAGUCGCAUCCCUGUCCGCAAACGGUCGGGGUCUACAUCCAAACCUGCCAACAUGCCGACCAUCCCAGAGUAAUACACAAAGGGCUCUGGGGUAUCUAUCAUAGUUUUGUUAGCUUACAUUGUAUGAACCACCCUUUCACUAAAGUGGAGCAGUCCACAGUCAUGUUAUUGGGGUAGAGGGAGAGAUUGCAUGGGAGAUGCCACUUUUAGUUUUAGGGUGGUAUACUAAGAUAUGCAUAGUUUUUCCUGUUAGUGAAUGACACCUUUGAAAUUAUUUGCUUGUCCUGUCCUUUCUUCUGUAGGCAGUUUACAACAACAGGUAGUCAUUACAUCUAAAUACAGCAAACAGAAUAAACUCAAGGUGCACAUUUGGUAUGUGUUAGUGUUUGUUAUGUCAAGUAAAGUAUAAUGUUAGUUUAUUUCAUUACAGAAAACACUAAGAUACUCUGUACUACUCCAGUUUUAAGCAGAACACGGUUACCGAAAAACUUCAGAAAUAUCAGUGCCAUGCGAUACAUUAUAAACAGGACUAGUGAAUGUUCCCUUUUAUGUAACUGAUUGAAGGUCUUCCCUUAGUGUAGUAUUUUACCUUUA